AUGCAUCUUCUCUUUCUGUUAUUUGUCAGAAUAAAACACAAAAUUAUUAUUGUAGGACUUGACAAUGCUGGCAAGACAACAAUAUUAUAUCAGUUUUUGAUGAGUGAAGUUGUUCUUACAUCUCCCACAAUUGGAAGCAAUGUGGAAGAGGUGGUUUGGAAGAAUAUCCAUUUUCUCAUGUGGGAUAUUGGCGGUCAGGAGUCACUGCGGACAUCGUGGAACACGUACUACACAAAUUCUGAGUUCAUCAUCAUGGUGAUUGACAGCACUGACAGAGAACGGCUAUCCAUUACAAAAGAGGAACUGUAUAAAAUGCUAGCACAUGAGGAUCUGCGCAGAGCUGCUGUCCUCAUCUACGCUAACAAGCAGGAUAUGAAAGGUUGCCUGUCUCCGGCUGAGAUCUCUCAGCAGCUGAACCUAACAGCAGUUAAAGACCAUGUCUGGCACAUACAGGCAUGUUGUGGCCUUACAGGGGAGGGGUUGUAUCAAGGCUUGGAGUGGAUUACCUCACACAUUCACAGACGAUGA